AAUAAUAACCCUUCUGAAAACCCUGACAACACCCUGAACCAAAGGCUCCUACCAGCUCGUCCACUCUCCUACACUUCCUCUUCUUCCAAUCACUCCUCCCUUGAAAAGUCUAGUCACAGUGAUUUUCAUGCCCAGCGGCAACAUCUCCUGCCUCAAGCUCACACUCCAUCCCACCAUUCCCCCCCUAAGAGCCAUCUCCAACAGACAUCACUUGCCCCUGUGUCCUCUGUGGAGUUCAUCCACCGUGGUCCUGACGGACGCUUUAUUGUCGAUUCUUGUGAAGAUGCCAAUAUUGUCAGUUCUCAGAUCAAGAGAAACCCAAGUCAAAACUCCCAUCGGUCAUCAGAAAGAAACAGGAGCUUCAGAAUCCAGAAAUCCCAGUCUUUGAGAUCCUACAGGGAUGAAAGAAAAAAGCCACCUUUUGUCCUUUCAGUGGAUCUUCCACCUUUCGCAUCAGAUAUCCCUUCUUCUAGCAGAACACGAUCUAUGGCUAAGCACCUUUCAUUGAAUGGACAUUACAUGCCCAUUCUGGAGCAAGAGUUCUUGGAUGGACCAGACCAGACAAGUCUCUCAUCAGAUAAUAGUGACUCUUUUCUCUAUCCUCAUUCAGAAAGUACUCUGGGUCGGCAGUCCGUGAAACAAGGUACCAAACACUCUACAGCCAGUAACCUGGUUUUGCAGAUGGAGCAUGAGAGGGAACAAGGAAACCUAAGUCGCUGUUUAUCUUUAGCUCGGGAGAGAGAGGAGCUUGAAAAGGAACUGCGCAAGUACACUGUUGAUCGAAAUCCAUAUAGUCAUGAACAGACAGAUGAUGAGUAUGGAAGAAUCUGGAAAGUUCGAGAAACCUCAACUCCUCAGGGUAACUACCAAGCCAUUAGACAAAGUCUUUUAUCUGAGAAUGCCAGCAUGUUGAAGGAAAGAGCUGCCUCUUGCAUUCCAUGGGAGGAAAGACACAGGAUUUCUUCUGCAAGCUUGGUGCCCCUACAUACCUCUCAUGGAAAGGAUACCAAGUGUAGGCAGAAUCAACAAGGCUACUAUUCUAUCCAGAGAUCCAACUACCAAAGGUCUCGUAGUCUAGACAGAGGGGAACACCAAAAAUCACAAACAUUGGACCGAAGACGAAGCAGAACUCCUGUUGAGUCAAGUCUUGGCCGUGUAAUGGAUGAACCCUUAAUCUACAAAUUGGAGAAUACCCAAACAGAUGUAGGGCAUAGAGGUCAGAGGACCUCAAGCAGAAGUCAACAUUAUUUUGACCCAUGUAUUUAUUCAUCCUCAGACAAUCAGCAGAGGCAGACCAUAGAAAGAAGCACUAGACAGAUAAAUCCAACUAGUGUUUAUUCAGAGAUGAGUGUAGAUGGCCCUGAUCUUGAGAGCCAGUCUCCAUAUUCAAGGUCCAUGCUGGGCUCAGAUCACAGUUAUGAGACUCUAGAUUAUGACCGACCCAGAUUAUCAGAUCUUGUAAAUAACAGAUCAGUAGAGUCAGGACAUGCAAGUUUAAGAAAGCAGCAGACGUUGAACAAUUGGUCGAGCAAAACUGUAUCUCAAAUCAAUGUCUCUGGAACAAUGCCUCGGAAGACAAAGAGUCUGGGGUCAAACAAUUGUAAUCGCCACAAGAGCACCCAAAGUUUAGACUCAAAAUUAUACAAGGACCAUUUUUUGACCCCUAAUGCCUGGAUAGACUCGCUGACACUUGGUAGAGAUUCUACAACAUCCCCCUUUGCAUGCAGACCCAACUCGGUGGCAGAUAGGCCUAAAAGUAGUCAUAGUUUGCAAACAGAUUCAUCUGUGCCUUUAGAAAGUCAAACACAAGACCCCCAUCAUCAGGCUUCUAAAUUAUAUAAUAACUCUAUGAAUAACUCACAAUCCCGCAAAAAGCUAGUGUCGGGACAUAGCACUCAUGCUGCCUUAUCAACAGGGGGUUCUAGCUGGCCUCGGCCUUAUUGCCCUUCUCUGCCAGCCUUGCCAUCUGGAAGACGGAGCCAAAGCCAAGAAGGGGAGAGAGAGGAGGAAGAUGAAGAUGGGCAGGAGGUUGAUGUGGAAAUGAACAGAUACAGGAAGAGUUCCGAGACAGAGGGAAGCUACAGAAGUUAUGCAAGCCAAAGCAGUGGCAGAGGCAGCAUGGAUGCACCUAACAGCAGGCAUUUCUCUCUCAGCCCUCCUCUGACCAGCUCUCCAGAGACCACAGAGGAAAGUGAACGUCCUGAGCCUGAACGGCAUGAAAG